GUGCGCGUAGUGGAGAGAGCGUCGGAGCUCGUGAAAGAAGGGAGGAAAGAAAAAGGGAGGAGGAGGAGGAGGUGGGGAACAGAGAGAGAAAGAGAACAGGAGCUUGAGAAGAGAAGGAGGGAGGGAGGGAGCUUCAGGCAGCGAGGCUGGACUACCGCUCAAACACUGCAGUCUUUCUUUCUGCUUCUCUGAGGAAGCUGUCUUUCUUUUCUCCCUGCCGUCUCUCCUUCCUGCUCCUUCCUCUCCUGCUGCUCGGCCAUGACCCCGAUGGACACCUUCAUCUCCCUGCCCACCUAGAGAAGAGGAGAGAGGCGCUGUAGCGGAGGAGGGAGAGAGAGAGAGACGAGAAGAGGGGACACCGCACACUUUGCUUCACUGAUGAGACUCUGGAAAUUAAUUAAACGCCGUCAGCACAGAGGAGGCAGAGCAGAGAGGGGCUCACAGUGAGGUGCAGGAGGAGGAUAAGAGAAGAGUUGAAGAGGGUGAAUCAGUAGAUGUGUGAAGAACAGGCUGGUGAGGGAGGUGGAGCAGCCCCCAGACACUUUUCAGAGACAAAUCGGACAAGUUAGGGCAGAGGAAAAAUAAGCAAGGAGGAAAUUGUGCAAGGCAGGAAUUCAACAGGGACACUAAUUCAGGAAGCGCACAAGCUAUCCAUCCUCUCAUGCUUCUUUUCAAUCCUCCUCUCACGCUCACAACGCCGUCCUUCCCUCCUUCCCUCCCAUCUCGUCUUCUUUCACUCUUUUUCAUUUUAUUAUUUUUAUAAUUUUUUUUUUUUGCAUGUCAGCAAAAGUACAUCGGCUGCCACGACCACAUGCCGAACACUCAGACACGACUUGAGCGUAGCUUUUCAUCCUCAGCGGAUGUGUGAGCAUUUACCGAGUAGGAGGAGCUGAUUGGCCGAAGCAGGGGCGCUGUUACCUCCUGGCGGAGAGCACCUGCUCGGGAAGCUCUCAUGAGACCAGAACUGCGGCGCUGCAGGAUGGCCGAGGGUUGCAUGAUGGCCCUGCGAUAUGGAAUGGUCUUCUUCAAUCUGCUCUUCUGGCUGGGAGGAUGCGGCAUACUGGGCGUCGGAGUCUGGCUCUCGGUGACCCAGGGAAACUUUGCCACCCUGUCAUCAUCCCUUCCCUCCCUGUCAGCGGCCAACCUGCUCAUCGCCGUGGGGACCAUCAUCAUGGUGAUUGGCUGUCUGGGCUGUGUGGGAGCUGUGAAGGAGAGCCGUCCUCUGCUGCUGACGUUCUUCAUCCUCCUCCUGCUCAUCUUCUUCCUGGAGAUUCUGUCCAUCAUGCUUUUCUUCAUCUACCAAGAUGAGAUUGAUCACUACGCCCAGAGGGAUCUGAAGAAGGGGCUCCAGCUCUUCGGCACAGAGGGCAACGUGGGUUUGACCAACGCCUGGAUGAUAGUACAAACUGAUUUUCGCUGCUGUGGAGUCACCAACCACACAGACUGGUUUGAGGUUUACAACACCACCCGUGUGCCAGACUCCUGCUGCCUGGAGUACAGCGACAACUGUGGCCUGGACAACCCAGGAACAUGGUGGACGGCGCCGUGCUACGAGCGGGUAAAGGACUGGCUUAAUGAGAACCUGGUGGCACUCUGGAUCUUUGCUCUAUGCACAGCACUUACUCAGAUCCUGGGCCUGGUCUUCUCCAUGACGAUGUUCUGUCAGGCAGUGAAAGUGGAAACCUUCUACGCCUAGCAGUCGACCUCUCUGCCAUUCAGCACUCUUGGAUUGUUUUACAUCAGAGAGGGACAGAUAUAGACCCACCCUCAUCCUCUUCCUCCUCCUCUUCCUCCUCCUCCUCCUCCUCCUCCCUGAACAGACUCUUUUCUCCAACGCUUGUCCUCUCUGUGACAUUCGCUCUCGGAUGUCACUGGUUCACAGUUUAUCCUCUAACUAUCAACAAGCACAGUGUCAGUGUAAUACCUGAGUUGGUUCCUAUGGUUUGCUCUGUGUCAAAAGCUAAUUUCUGUGAUACAUUUUAUGAAGCAGUAUUAUGAACAUGUAUGAAAAAAAAAAAAAAACAAGUGUAACCCUUUUUUAAUAUGUGUUUCGUUUUAAAUUAUUUCAUGGUUUGUAUGUGUUUUCAAAAUGAGAGCUACAGUUGGGAUAGUGCACUGUGUGAAGUGCUGCGAGUGCAUGUCUCCUGCGAUGGUGUGUAAUAAACGUUUUGGCUCGACUAAACAGCA